CUGCGGAGCCGCGCCAGCGUAGUUCCGGGUGAGCGCACCCAGACCGCGCGUGCGCCGUGGUGGUCCAUGCUGGGGCGGCGCGGCGAUGGAACCGGCUGAGCUGCAGAACGAGCUAGUGUCAGCCGAGGGCCGGAACCGGAAGGCGGUGCUGUGCCAGCGUUGCGGCUCUCGGGUGCUGCAGCCAGGGACUGCUCUUUUCUCUCGCCGACAGCUGUUCCUCCCCUCCAUGAGAAAGAAGCCAGCUCUGGCUGACGGCAGCAACCCCGACGGCGAUCUCCUCCAGGAACACUGGCUGGUGAACGACAUGUUCAUCUUUGAGAAUGUGGGCUUCACCAAGGACGUGGGCAACAUCAAGUUUCUGGUCUGUGCGGACUGUGAGAUCGGACCCAUUGGCUGGCACUGCCUGGACGACAAGAACAGCUUCUAUGUGGCCUUGGAGCGAGUUUCCCACGAGUGACCGAGGGGACUCCACGCCAGCUGUACAGCUCUGCCCACCAGAGCCGACGCUGAACCUGUGGCGGUGGCUGCCCUGCCGGCAGCCUUCCCGGUACUAAUACAAACGAUAAGCACCAGUGUUUGCCCUUGAACUUGCAGAGGGCCGUCCUGCUUCGUUCCAGCCUCAGUGCAUGCCACCCCCUUAGUCCUCUGUGCAUCACAGCUGUCCUAACCCCACCCCACCCCCACUUUGGAACAUGGAAGAACUCUACACGUGUCGUCUGGUCCUUGGCACUCCUGGACACCGUCCAGGGCUCCCUUCCUGCUCAGCAAGAGCAGCAAGCAACUUUUUAGCCAUGGUAACAGGAAAAAAAUGCUCACUUGCUAAUAGUUGAAUCUCCACCUUUUUCUCAUUCAGGAAGCCCUGUGUAAUGGGCGCAGACCUGCAGUCCCACCUCUGGGGAGGUGGAAGCAGGAAGAUCAGGAGUUCAAGGCCAGCCUCAGCUACAUAGUGAAUUCCAAGCCAGCCUGGGCUAUGUGAGACGUCUCAAAAAACAUAAAGCAUACAAGUAUUUGAGAGUGACUUCUUUGUAUGUGACCUACUUGUCUGUAGCAAUUUAUUCUUUUUAAAAGUAAAACAUUUACAGUUGUCAGUGUUUAAACCACUAAUGAGAAACACGUUACUUUAGACAUGUUUUCAGUGCUGUGUUUGAGACCCUUUGUCCCAGGUUGGUAGUGACAUUUGUAGGGAAGGUGAAUGUGGCCCUUCUUCCCGCUGAUCUUGACUAGGUUUCUCUUUUCAUUAGGGGUCUCCCGGCUGCAGCCUCCAUUGUUAACCCUAAGGGAACUCAGCCCUGUUUACCAGGCUCCCUCGGAAUCAAGCGUGGAGGAUGUACAAAGGAUUGCUUAGCCGAAUCACCCCUGGGUUUGUUAGGGAAGAUUUCUUUACUGGCAGCUGCCAUCAUUCAUCAAUGUAGGUUGUAAGGUCCUCGGGAUUUGGGUUCACUUGGACUGUCUGUACCCAGGAUGCAAACCCUUUCUACAGAGAUUUCCAUUGUUACGGGGUUGGUACCACCUUUCCUCAAUAAAAUAGCCGGGACGUGAUUUCCGGCUAUUUUAUCAUUUCUCCUCUGGAGUGACCCGGUAGUUUAAAAGGACUCUGUAUAAACGGUUCAAAUACUUUGCCGUCAUCCCUUCCUCUGGGGACCUAACAUUGGAGUGUGCAGUAAGUAGAGACCCUGUUAUUCUUAUAAUACCGGCAACCUGGGGGUCAAGGCAGAUCAAGGUCAGCCUCAGUUACAUAUCAAAUUCAAGGCCAUCCUGUACUGCUGGAGAGCUUGUCUCAGACAAACAAAAAACAACAUAUAGAAGUUGGAGAGAUGGCCCAGCGGUUAAGAGUGUUCGCUGCUCUUUCAGAGGACCUGAGUUCAAUUCCCAGCACCACAUCAGGGGGUUCACAGCUGCCUGUAGGGCCUGUUCAAGGGGAGCUGCACUCUGGCCUCAACGGUUUGUCUGCACACGGGUGAGGUGCAUACAGAAAAGCAGACACACAAAUAAGUAAAUAAAAAUUUUACAAAUUAAAAAAACCAAAGUUCCAGCGAGGUGUUGGUGGUGCAUGCCUUUAACCAGCAGCAUUGGGGAGGCAGAGGCAGGUGGAUAUCUGUGAGUUCAAGGCCAGUCUGGUCUACAAAAAAGCAGGUUCCAGGACAGCCUGAGCUAUUACACAGAGAAACUCCCUUUGCAUCUGUUUCCUGGCUGUUCCUUCCUCACUGAAAUUUGUUAAAGUACAGGCCCUGGGCAGUUUUGCCAGCACCCUGCACACUUAGUGGCUUUCACUCAGUCUGAAGGGGCUCUGGCGGCAAAGGAGAGACCAUGUUUUCCAGACAUAGGUGAGCACACCUUAGAACGGUGUUUGCAGGAAAACAGCUAAGACUGACCCACUGGGGUCCAGAGGAACAAAGCAAGCAGAUGCCUCUAAGGACAUGUGGCCCUUCUCUUCACAAGCCAGAGACCCAAAGUAAACCAGGUUUUUAACUCCCGCCCCCUUUUUAAACCACAGAAACAAUACAUGUUAAUUGUAUAUCAAAGUAAGGAUCAGUAGCCAGGUGGUGGUGGCUCACGCCUUUAGUCCCAUCGCUCGGAUGGCAGAGGCAGAAGGAUCUCUGUGAGUUCGAGGCCAGCCUGGGAUACAGAGUGAGUUCCAGAAAAGGCUCCAAAGCGACACAGAGAAACCUUGUCUCGAGAAAAAAAAAAAAAGAAAUAGUAUAGAGUUCUCAUUAACUCACACUUCCACUGGGCAGGUCUUGCCAGUGGUAACGUGUAUAACCUCAAUGUCUUUCUGUGUGCAAACGUAUGCAUGAGAGCAUACUGUACUCUUUUAUUUUAUAUCUUGUUAUUUUUCAUUUAACGAAAGGGGAACAUCUUCCUUAUCAGUAGACACCCAGCCCUGAACACUGUUGCCAAUGCUCGCGUUGCUGGGCUAUAGUUCCGGUGACCCACGUUGCAUUGCCUCCAGCUGCUCCUAACCGUGGACACGGCACGCAGGGUGUUAACUGUGUUUCCGGUCCUUGGUGUGCAUUGUAAGGAGUGCAGUUGCAGGGUGGGCAUGCUGUCAGAGCCCUGCAGUGUGGACACAUUCUCCACAGCAGCCUUGUGAGUUUCCUGCCCCUUACUAACGCUGGGUAUUCUUUAUCAUUAAGAAACACUUGCAGCUUCUGUAAGUAUCUUAUUGUUUUAUUUGUACUUAUUUCUGGUUAAAAAUUUUCUGGCCACAUUCUUGUUUUAGUUUGUUUGUUUUGAACUAUAUAGACCCAGCUGGCCUCAAACUCAACUUGUUUUUUUCAAGAACUGCCAAAUGUUGUUGACCCAGUGACUAAAAAACCCUGAACUACUGUCCUGCCUUUUCAUUUAAUAAAGUCAUUGAAACAGUGAA